AUGAAGUCAAAUCCGAUCCUCGCGGCAGCAAUCGGGUUCUUAAUCGGCGUUCAUUUUUCCGUACAAAUCACAUCAAAGCUACGCCAGCGGCAGCAACAUAUUUGCCAGAUUUUCAACACCAAGAUUGCUCUGGCGGCAAAACCAAAAGGGGCAGAGCGGCUACCACCAAACAUUGUUGUUCGAGAGUCUGAUCUUCACCUGCGCCGGCUCUGGGGACACCCGCGUGAGGACACCCCCACUCGCAAAUACCUUGUGGCGCUGACAGUGGGUUACAGCGAGAGAGUCAAUGUCAAUGCGACAGUUCACAAGUUCUCGGACAAUUUUGAUGUGAUGCUGUUCCACUACGACGGUCGGACGACAGAGUGGGACAAGUUCGAGUGGUCCAAGCAAGCCAUUCAUGUCAGCGCCAGGAAGCAGGCCAAAUGGUGGUAUGCCAAGAGGUUCAUGCACCCCAGCGUCGUGGCGCCAUACGACUACAUCUUCCUAUGGGACCAGGACCUUGGAGUUGAGACCUUUGACGCGGAGGAGUACAUCAAGAUUGUGAAGAAGCACGGGCUGGAGAUUUCGCAGCCGGGCCUGGACAUCACCAGGGGGGUCAAGACCUAUAAUAUCACUAUCAGAAGGAACGACACCGAGAUGCACACGUCGACGUCUGCCGGGAAGUGCAGUACCGACGUGCACCAUCGGACGUGCAGCGGGUUCGUCGAGGUGAUGGCUCCCGUCUUCACCAGAGAGGCCUGGACUUGCGUCUGGCACAUGAUCCAGAAUGACCUUGUUCACGGCUGGGGUCUCGACUGGAACUUCUGGAGAUGCGUCGACGAGCCUGAGCAGCAGAUCGGUGUGGUUGACGCGCAGUAUGUUGCGCAUCACAAGGGGUUUACGCUCGGGAACAAGGGCAAGGACAUCGCGGAUGGAAGCCGUCGCAAGGUCAGGGACCGGGCGACGGCUGAGUUUGGCAUGUUGAAAGCCAGAUUGUACAGCGCGGAUAGGGCCCAGGCAGCGGCUCUUCUUCCACAAUCGAAUGCAGCGCCACCGUCAUAG